AUGCUUCCUCCCAUAUUGCGGAUCGAUCCACUGAUACCAAAUCAGGCUCAGCCUUCUCCGUUGACGCAUACACAAUCACAGAGCAACUCUCUCAUCCACACACCUCCGACGAUGCAGAUGAGCACGCUCCAGCACCCACCCUCUCUCCCAGCAUACUCGUUCAGCUAUCCACACGCAUCACUGCCCCAGUCAGACACCCACGCACACACUGGUGCCACCACACACGCACACACACACGCACACGCACACACAUGGUCUGGGGAUCAGUCUACGGUAGGGCCCAGCGGUUCAGCCAAUUCCAUCAGUGCUCCUGUGCCUGGCUACACCAACAG